CCAAAGGUGUAUCAAGGUGUCCGAGUGAAGAUCACAGUGAAGGAGCUGCUGCAGCAAAGACGGGCACACCAGGCGGCCUCAGGGGGAACUAACUCACCCUCUGAGAUCUCUUGUCUGUAAAUCAUCAGUCACCUAAAGUGUAGUACAGAACCACUUCCUUAAAAUGUAACAAAGCCUUGAGCAGUUCCAGGUUAUUACAAAAUUGAACUGAGCGGUCAUUAGGGUAUACCCUAACACUUUAUACACCUUCUUGCCCCUGCUCCCGACACAGUAGAACCUUAGUAAGUACUACUAAAAGCACUCAGGGCAGCAGCAGAACCAAACAAACUAGGUGGGAUUAUUACCCAAGAGAGGGCAGCUCAUCCCUAAAAACCCUCAAUUGUACAGUUGCUUGGGGGUUGGCUUGGGUGUGGACGUAGGAUCUGACAGCUGGGGCUCGUAUUGCCUAUGUUAGGAUUGGUCCUUCUCCAGCCCAUUGGCAUCUGCCUCACAACAGUUUUUGUGCCUGAUGCUGUUCAUGUGCAAUGCAUGACAUCAUGAAAUAGGCCUUUGGCAGUGGGACUUCAUGAAAUGGGAGGGGGCAAAUUAUGUAGCGGAGGUAAACACAGGUUCCGGAACCAGAUGGACUGGGCUCAGGUCUCAGCUCCUCCAUGGUGUUUAUCCUCAAGCAAAUUACUCAAUCUGUCUUGCCUCCAUUUACUCAUCUUCAUCCUCAUAUUGGGGAUGAUAGGAUUUUGUGAGGGUUAAUCGAGCUAUUGCAUACAAAGCCAUUGGAAGAAUGCUUUCCACAUAGUGAAAAUAAAUGUUCAAUAAAUGUCAGUUGUCAUUAUUUGAGAAAUAAUAAUAUUAUUUGAAGGAAGCAACUAAAAUAAAAUUCUAACCAAGGGUUGAAAGCCAGCUAUUUAGUAAUGUUCAUUCACACCCUUUGCUCAGAGUUUAGAGUUCAGACGUGAACCAGCUGCAAUUUGGCAUAUACAGCACAUGCAGCUAGAAAAGUUAGGACUUCCAUGUGCAGAAUUUCAGGUAACACAUUAACAGUCCCUUACGUUUCUAGAGGGCUUCAGAGUGGUUCUAUUUCAGCUAGCCACUAUUUCAUUCAGUUUUUAUAACAACCAGCAGAGGUAAGUAGAUCAAAGAUCUGUACCUCAAUUACAGGUAAAAUUCAAAAUCUUGAAGUAGCUCAUGGCUAAGCUAAAAGUAAGACUAAGGCCUUAUCCUUAGUAUAAUAUGAAAACCUUCCGUUGGCUCUCUACGCUCUAAAUUCAUUAUUCUGCGGAUCUGACCAUACUAAGCAGGCAUCUCAACCCCUUCAGUUCAGAGAUGGUUAUAUAAUUAAUAAAACCAGUAAAAAGGAACUGGAAAAUGCUUCUGGAGAAAAACAUCAUCAAGACGUUCUUAAUAAAAUGUAACCUUUCCUGAAGGAGCUUUGGUACUUCGUAGACUUCUGCUCAGCUGCACCUGGAGAAGUCCCAUCGGUCCGGAGGCAGCAGUGUUCACCUUUCAGACCCAGUUGCACCAUCUUCUGCAGGACUGUAUUUUGAGCCUGAACCAAUUUCUUCCACGCCCAAUUAUUUUCAACCUCGAGAAUUUUCCAGUUGUGUUUCAUAUGAAGAAAACUCAAGCUGCCUCGACCAGAUCUUCGAUUCCUACCUUCAGACAGAGAUGCACCCUGCAGAGCCUUUGCUCAAUUCCAUUCAAAGUACUCCACACCAUUUCCCAGACAGCUUCCAGGCCACCCCUUUCUGCUUUAACCAGAGCCUGAUCCCAGGAUCGCCUUCAAAUUCCUCCACUCUCUCUGGCUCCUUAGACUACAGUUACUCACCAGUUCAGCUGCCUUCAUAUGCUCCAGAGAAUUACAAUUCCCCUACUUCUCUGGACACCAGAAACUGUGGCUACCCCCCCGAAGACCAUUCCUACCACCACUUGCCCUCGCAUGCCCAGUACAGCUGCUUCUCCUCGGCCACCGCCUCCAUCUGCUACUGCGCAUCGUGUGAGGCAGAGGACUUGGAUGUGCUCCAGGCGGCAGAGUACCUCUACCCGAGCACAGACUGUGUGGACUUUGCCCCCUCAGCAGCUGCCACCACUGAUUUCUAUAAGAGGGAAACAAACUGUGACAUCUGCUAUAGUUAAUAGAUAUUACAGUAAUUCGGAACAUGGCAUGGGUAUUUCUAUUUUUCUACCACGUCUAGAUGACACUGCAAAAUAUGCAACUUGGUAACACAAUAUCCCAAGCACAGUUUACAUGUCACUAUUUCCAAUUUUCUGAUGAGAACCUAGCCAUAUGAAGUCCUCAAACCGGGUCGUAGUGCCACUCCUUCUUUGUUUGCUCAUAGUUUAAAUUUUUGUAGACAACUUUCAAUUGUUUUACUUUUUUGUGUAACGAACAAAUGCUCUCUCCUUUUUUACUAAUAAAUAAUUUUGUAUUACUAAA